UGAAGACCAUCUGAAUUUAUGGUCACUGUUGGCUCAGGAAGAGCCAGGGCACCAGUGGAAGGCCCAGGAGGAGAUAUGAAGGUGGAGGUGGACGGCCCAGGAGGAGAUAUGAAGGUGGCGGUGGACGGCCCUGGAGGAGAUAUGAAGGUGGAGGUGGACAGCUCAGGAGCAGAUAUGAAAGUGGAGGUGGACGGCUCAGGAGCAGAUAUGAAGGUGGAGGUGGACGGCUCAGGAGCAGAUAUGAAGGUGGAGGUGGACGGCUCAGGAGCAGAUAUGAAGGUGGAGGUGGAUGGCCCAGGAGCAGAUAUGAAGGUGGAGGUUGACGGCCCAGGAGCAGAUGUGAUGGUGGCAGUGGACGGCUCAGGAGGAGAUAUGAAGGUGGCGGUGGACGGCCCAGGAGCAGUAAUGAAGGUGGAGGUGGACGGCCCAGGAGGAGAUAUGAAGGCGGCAGUGGACAGCUCAGGAGCAGAUAUGAAGGUGGAGGUGGACGGAACAGGAGGAGAUAUUAAGAUGGAGGUGGACGGCUCAGGAGGAGAUAUGAAGGUGGAGGUGGACGGCUCAGGAGGAGAUAUGAAGGUGGAGGUGGGUGGCCCAGGAGGAGAUAUGAAGGCAGCAGUGGAUGGCCCAGGAGGAGAUAUGAAGGUGGAGGUGGACGGCAUCUUUACUGAAGAUAUCUGGGUUGAAUGGCCAGAUCCCAGUACUCCUAAACCCCUUCUUGACAUUUUGUGGUGAUGCUCCCAUCAGCAAGAUGUUGUUGAGCAAUUGUGGCAGGUCAUAGAUAGUGAGUGUUUCUCCUGGAUUCUCCAGUGCCACUUGUCCAUCUCACAGCUGAAGUGUUUUUUUAAGUGGCCCAUACACAGUCUUGUCCAGUGGUUGCAGCUGGUGUGAGCAGUGUGGUGGAAAUGAUAACAUAACCACACCAUUUGCCCGACAGAAGUUUAUGGGUUCUAUUGACUCAUGGGAGGAGUGGUUGUCCAACA